AUGAUGGUGAUUCUUCCAAAAAAUCACACACUUAUUGAUGGAAAAGCUCUCGAAAGAGCAGCAGAAACUGUAUUUUUAAUAGACUCUUUUGGGUUAGAUUUGCAAAUACCGAAACUUAUGAAAUAUUUGAUACAAAGAGAAAUCGAGAUUAGGAUUUCUGGAGAGAAUAGCGCUCGUUUGAAAUUUGGAGGCUUCUUUCCUAAUGUAAAUAUUGAUGAAAGAAGUCUUAAGCUUCAUGAGUAUCCUUAUGAAAGUGGGCUGUGGACUGUUUUCAAUACAAUUAUGUUGAUUUCAAGCGGAAACAAUGAGUUUUUAGUGCCCUUUAGUAAGUUUAACCCAUGCUUUAGUUUAAAGCUGGGAGCUAUUCUAGACGUACAUAAUAUCAAAUUAGACAAGAGUCCAAAUGGCCCUCUUCCUCAUCUGAAUUAUAAGUCAAAUGAGAUUGAAUUUGUGAAUAAGGGAAUCAGUAGUUCAUUGAUUCAUGAACUGUCAGACUGGGAAGUGCUUGAAAAAGAAAUGGAAUUCAUCCAAAAUCAUUUAAAUAUCCAACAACUUUGCACUGUUUGAGAUUAUAAGCAAUCAAACUUAUGAGGAGAGGCCAAAAAUUUUGUUAGAAGAAUAAAAGCUCUUCUGGAAAAUAUAGACUCUUCAUGAUGUCUUAGAUUUAAAUUUGAUGAUAUAUUUAUCACACCACAUCGCCUACCACAAAUUAAAAGUUUAACACCUCCAACGCAUCAAUCAAUCAUGAAGGGUAAUUCUGGUGGUAAUUGCAUAAUUAAUACUGAUCACUUUAAAGAGGCAGUUAUGAAUAAAGAUUGCUAUAUUGAUAAAUCAUUACUCAUCAAAGAAAUUUUAACUAGUAGCGCCCCAAAUAUACUCAUCUUACGUCCGCAAAAAUGGGGGAAAACACUAAAUAUGAGCAUGCUAAAAGCUUUUUUCCACCCAAGAAAUACUUUUGGGAAUUUUAAAAAUUUGUACUUGUUCACUGGUGGAAAAGAUAACAUUGAUGUAAACAACUUGGACAAAACAAAAUGCUUAAAAAUAAUAACUGAAAAUGAUGGUUAUUAUUACAAAAAGUUUGCUGGGAAAAUUCCAACGAUUUUUCUAAAAUUCUCCAAAAUAAAAGAAAAAUUGGACAAUGAGCCCGUAGAGGAAUAUUACCGCAGAGCAAUUUCAUAUAUAAUCAAAGACGCAUACUUAGAAUAUUACCCAGAGUAUUGCACAUCCUUGGACGAAGCUAUCAAAAAUUAUAGCGCUUUCCCGAGGAUGGCGCGGAAUGGCGCCAUCCUCGGGAAAGCGCUAUAUGUUUCAAAGCAGCCAGAUAUUGUGAUAAAUUAUAAUAAUACAUCCAUAUUAGAGCUUGAAAAUAUUAUUGACGCAUAUAAAAUACCUUUGCCGUUGCAUGUUCAAUUGUUUAGAGAUUACAAAGAAGAUAAGCCAUCAGUUAUACUAUCAGAUGCUGUGCCGAAUCUGGCUAGAUUUGCUCAUAUAUUUUACAAGCAGAAGGUAAUUAUUAUUGUGGACGAUUAUGAUACCCCUUUUAGUCUUAUAUUAAAUGCUCCUUACCAAAAUGAUGCAUUAAGAAUAAUAGAUAAUAUUAUGACAUCAAUAUGCACAGAUAGACCUCCUUAUGUUUUGAAAGUGAUUUUGACAGGCAUUUUACCUAUUAAAGGGAUAAGACUUUCAUGAAUAAGAAGCUUUGAAUUAUAUACAGUUAAAAAGGCAAAAUACUCCCAGUUUUUUGGCUUUACAGAAUCAGAGAUAAAUACUCUUAUUGAGAAAAACUUGGAGAGUAACACAGAGGAGGAAAUGUUAGAGCAAAAAGAAUUAAUAAAGCUGUGAUACAACGGAUACAAUAUUAGUGGGCAAAAAAUUUACAAUCCACACUCAAUAAUGCAUUUUUUAGAUGAAGUAAAAUCCCGAGAUAGUAAUCCUCUCCAGCCUUAUUGAGCCGAUAAUGACCUUGAUUCAUUGAUCCCAGCAUUUAAUGCCCUACAAUCUUAUGAUAAAUUGUUUGAAUUAAUGAGAACUGGCUAUCUUGAAUUAUCAGAAGAAAUUGAUAGCUAUAUAAAUUUGCCAUUAGAUUUCAGCAACACAAAAUUUUUUUUCGCACUAUUGCUUCAUGCUGGCUAUUUAACACCAUAUGGAACAACUAAAAAUGAAAAGAAAAACCUUGUGAGCACUUGAAUAUAUGUAGUUCCUAAUAGAGAAAUAAAAAAGAGUUUUUACAACUCACUGCUUUUAGAGUGAAUUAACAGAAAAAUAGGCUCAGGAAAAGUUGAUAUUGGCAAGAUAGUAGAGAAUUUUAACACCACCUUACUCCCCCACCUCCAUGAGUGUACAAAAAAAUUUUAAGGGGUUAAGUUUUUGUUUACAAACAUUUAUAUAUAAAAAUUUUUUCUCGAAAUUUUAAAAAAAUCCCACUUCUUUAAAAUUUGGAAGGCAAAUAUGAAUUAAUUUGUAAAAUUUAUGUUUUAAAAAUUCAUUUUGUUUAAAAUUAAACAGAAUUAGAUUGAAAUUUCAUGAUAAUAUUUAUCACUUAUAUUUCAAAAUUUUUUCCCAUAAAAAUCAUAAUAUUAAAAAAAUUUUUGUUCACUGACGGAGGUGUGUUUUUGGGCAAAAAAUAGGAAUUUUCUAAUGAUUUUGCUCACUCACUGACGGGGGAGUUAGAUAAUAAAACUGAAUUCAAAAAUCUUAUCCAAUCAAUGAUUCUUGAUAAGAUGAUCGAUUGCACUAGUAAAACAGAGGCAGACUUUCAAAUCUUACUAGGAGGAAUAGCAAUGCUUGCCUCAAUUAUGAGAGAAGAUGCAAAUUAUACAUUGCAUUCCGAAGCACCAAAUAUAUUUAGAAAGAAGGCUGAUGGGAUUUUCAUCCCUACUAAAGAUAAAAAAACUAGUGUUAUAAUUCAUGAAUACAAGAAAAUUGAUACUGCUAAUAUUAAGAAUAUUAGAGAUAAAGAAGAGGAUGCCCUUUGGCAGAUCUAUGCAAAGCAGUAUAUGAAAAUUGCGCUAGAUUUGCGUGAUAGUGAUCCGCAUUAUAAUUAUUUUGAUAAAAUGAUAAUCCGUGGUAUUAUUUUCUACAAAUCUCAUUUUGGUUAUAAAUGAAAUAUGGUUAUUAAAGAGCACUCUUUCGACUUCAAUAUUGCUUUAAGGAUAAAUAGUGUUUUUACUUCAGAUGAGGGGGGAAUUUUGGCUGUAUCAGCCAAAUUAUGUGGAGAAAGUGGGUCUCAAAAUGAAAAAAUUGAAGAAAGAAGAUCUUUUGGUGCAGAAAGAAUUGAUGAUCUGAUCAAAAAUAUUAGUGGCGAUGAUUAUAGUUACAUUGGAGAAGAAGGAUUAGAGAUGAAAAUCAAACUUGACCCUCCAAGCAAAAAGCCAAAAUUGCAGGAUAAUUAA